AUGGUCCUCGAAGACCCCUCCUCGUCCUCAUCCUCCUCCUCAUCAUCAUCAUCAGCCCUCGAUCCCUCCAAAGAAACUUCAACCUGGGACAGCCCCGACCUCGCAUCCCGCUAUGCCUCCGUCUUCCCCCUCAAGAUCAACCGCGAACACCUCCAACGGCCCAAUCCUAUCUUGCUAUGGGUCGGUUUCGCGGGUCCCUGGAACUGGGAACGUACGGUCAUGUACCAUCUUUCGCAACAACUCGAGAAAGUGAAGGGGUUGCUAAGACGAGACUUAACACAACCGGAGCUGGACGCGAUGACGGAGCUCUCGAGUCGGGAUGUGAACACGCGCCGCAUCGGGAUUCCUCUCGGUGUCACAGCGGGGUCGAUACAUGCCUAUUACACACUCAGGAAAAGAUUGAGUAUGCCGACCAACGUUUCGUUAUUUGAGAGUUUUGCGACGGCAUGGCGUCUUACCCCCGUGCAGGAAAGACGGACGAUUGCACUUUCCGCCGGAAUGAGGUUUGGCUUUUGGGUAUUGUUUAUUAUGGGUAAUUUUGGCGGGGUGGCUACAUACAGAUUCACGAUUGCGUUGUCCUCGGAUCCGAGGUUGGGUGAUUUUAGGGAGGCUUUUAAGCGGUAUACGGAGGCGAGGAAUCAGAGGAUGGAAGGGUACAGGGAAAAGGCGAAACAGAGGAAGGAGGGGAUUGAUGCUGUGAGGCACGCGGGUGCGAUGGCUAGUGCGGAGACGGUUGAGGAAUCUUAUAAUAAGGGAGUGGAGAGCGUUGGUACUUAUGGCCAAGCCGAGGAAAAGGGGCACAGUGAUACGCCGUCGUAUCAGACGUAUCAGACUCCUUCUUCUUCAAGGGGAUAUGAAACACCUCACUCUUACACGGCUGAUAAUUCGUCGGCGUCAUUGGACUUUUUUGAUGAUGCUAGUCCGACGGCACCUGAGUAUCAGACACCAGCGACAUCGACCUCAAGGCCAUCCCCAUUGAAUGAGAAUGCAUGGGACCGCAUAAGACGCGAAAGCGCCCCGAGAGCAUCAAUCUCCGCACCUUCAUCACAGUCUAGCUGGGGACGACCUCAACAGACGACAAGCUCAUCAGAUUACUCAUCAUAUGAAAGCGAGCAACAAUCCGGCCAGCGGGAACGGGAAGCUGCGCAGCGAGACUUUGAUAGAAUGCUUGAUGCCGAGAGACAAUCAUCUCAACAGGAUGGGGCAGGAGAUGAUAAUAGCAGUAACAAAAAGGGCUGGCGACGGUGGUAA